AUGGCGUCCAUGUUUGUGAGAGUGCAACUAGAGAAAGACUUCCGAGAAGAACUGUCUCAAUGUAUGAGAGAGGAGGAUACUGGCAAGUCGUGUCUCAGAAUCAAUUAUGGGCAACCAUUGUUGAAGGUCACAAGAGCACGGAAGCCAAUGAUUGCACAAACAGUUGAUCAUCUUGCCGACUGGGAGGAAUUGAGAACAUUUCCAGUUGGUCAAAGUACAAAAGCAACAUCAGGGGCAGCAGCAGCAGCAGCAGCAGCAAGUGGAAGAUCUGGUUCAUUGUCAGUGGCAAAGAGAAUGGAGUUUGCACAGACCUCUUCCACCACACAAAAACAUUUUCGAAAAUCUGAGACGAAGCGAGACGAGGAAUUAGUUGGAAGUUUGAUACAACAGAUAGAACAGUUGCAACGUGUCGUAGUAGCUAAAGACAGGGAAAUGGCAGAAAUGAGAAAACAAAAGGAGAAUGAAGCAGCUGAUGUAGAACAGAUGAGGCAACAAAAUAGAGAUCUAGAAACAGCACUGAGAGAAAGAGAAAAUGCUGUAAGCGAAGAGAGACGACGAGGCACAGUGCGAGAGGAACGCUUACAAGUAGACAAGCUCAAUCUUCAGAGACAACUUGAGGCCUUGCAGUGCUCGCUAAACGACCUACAAGUACAAAAGUCCAACAUUGAAGAGCUGCUGUCAGAUGCCGAAGCUACAAUUGAACGAUACAAAGAGAGAGAACAAACCGAGGUUUUACGUAUUGCUUCACACAACAUUCAGCUCACAGACACAAAACUAGGAGGUGGAUCAUAUGGAGAGGUUCGCAUUGGAUAUUGGCGUGACUGUCCUGUUGCUGUCAAAAUUCUGUAUAAAGAUCUGAUUUCAUCACCUUUUUAUAUUCGUCUUUUACAACAAGAAGUGUCUGUCGCAUGGAAGAUUCACCAUCCAAAUAUCGCGGCGGUUUGUGGUGUCACUUUGGAGUUAGACGAAGAAGAGAAGAAAGCAUGGAUUAUCAUGGAAUUGAUGAGCGGUUCCAUGUCGUGUGUCAUCUAUGCGUGCAAAGGAGAAAUUUUGCCUCUCACUUUACGAGAAAUGGUUGAUAUGGCACACGAUUCUUUGUGUGGACUCGAUUACCUUCACUCCAUGCAACCUAAGGCUAUUCUUCAUGGCGACAUCUGUCCAAGAAACGUCCUUGUCACUUCAACAAUGAGAGCCAAACUGGGUGAUCUAGGAGGUGCUCGUUUUUACGACGCUUCACUUUCGGUCGGAAUGCUUAGCCCACACUACACAGCACCGGAGAGAUUUGACGGUCGUGCUGUGCAUAAAAAUGAUAAGACCGACGUGUACAGCACGGGCGUGACCAUCUGCGAACUGUUCACUGCCGAUCCUCCAAAUUCUCUUCGUCGGAUGGAUCAAGUCCAACACAUCCGCCAAAGAGAAGUUCGUUCGUUAUGCAAACACAUGCUGAAGGAUGAUCCUGCCACACGACCGACAGCUGCAGAGGCCCGCAAUAUUUUCAAACGUAUUCGUGAGACAGACGAGUACGUAUCGUGUCCUCCUAAAAGAAGAGUGAAAGGGAAAAUGGAUGGAGGAAAGGAAGUCACUCUUGCUCAUCCCAUCUGGUAAAGUGAAGUUGAUUUUAAUUAACAUUUUACAUUGAUUGAGUGCUGUCUUGGAUUACUGACUAUCUAUUGGUUUGCUUGUGUUGACAACAAAUAUAGUUACUCUCAUUUGGCAUGUUGGUCAUAUUCUUAGCGUUAGCAUUGGGACUUGGUUUAUGUUCGUUUUUGUUGUGAAAUGUUUCACUAGAUAUUGGAACUCAAGUCAUCGUUACUGGAUAUCUUUUACUAAAAGCACCUGACUUUUGUAUUGUUA